GCAGGAAUUCACGCGAGACUUCUCUGUCUUGACUACAUGCCACGUAGGUUUGAGAGGCAAGAGCAUCAUAUGACCAGAUAUUCCUGAAGGAAAUAGUUUAGAAAAUCGUUUCUAAGUACAGCAUCACGGAAUCGAGCAUACAGGUGAAAUGAGGGCUCUUCCCCUGUCUGUGGUGGUGUUGGCCAUUUGGCUAGCAGUGCUAGCCUCCCAGAUAACACACGCUCACUCCCACGGACACGGGCACUCGCAUGGUCAUCAUGAACACAACUACCACGGGCACUCGCAUGGUGACCAUGAACACUCCCAUGGUGGUGUGAAGAUGUUUCACGGUGCAAGCAAGUGGAGUGCAGAAGCGAACCAGCCUUCUGAGGAGGAGGAGCUUCACCACGGGCACGCUGACGACCACGCCGAUGCCUAUGGGCACGGCCACGGGCACGCUGAUGACCAUGCCCAUGGGCACGGGCAGGCUCACGACCAUGGGCAUGACCACGGGCAUGCUGACGACCAUGGGCACGACCAUGGGCACGCUCAUGACCAUGGCCACGACCACGCACAUGGGCACUUCCACAGCCAUGGUGCUGAUGGGGAGAGGGUGAAGAGACACGUGGAGACUCAGAGGCACAACACAAUGGAGCUGUGGAUGCAGGCAGUUGGAGCCACUCUGCUGAUCAGUGCUGCGCCCUUCCUCAUCCUCUUCCUCAUCCCAGUUCAGUCGAACACUGACCAGCACCAGAACCUGCUGAAGGUUCUGCUCAGCUUUGCCUCCGGAGGACUGCUAGGGGACGCCUUCCUGCACUUGAUCCCCCAUGCUCUGGAACCCCACUCGCACCAAGGUAAUGAGGGUCAUGGCCACUCACACGACAGCGAGGAGUCACAUGGCCAUUCUCAUGGCGUAGCCCAUAGUCACAUGAUGUCUGUGGGUCUGUGGGUUCUGGGUGGCAUCGUGGUGUUUCUGGUGGUGGAGAAGUUGGUGCGUCUGUUAAAGGGAGGACACUCCCACUCCCACACGGCUCAGAGGGCAAAAAGCAGCAGUGGAGAGGAGGAGAAGGAGGAGGUGAAGAAAGGAGAGAAGGAAAAGAAAGACAAGAAGUCAAAGAGAGCCCGGCAGCAAAGCUCAGACAUAAAAGUGUCUGGCUAUCUGAAUCUGGCUGCUGAUUUCACUCAUAACUUCACGGAUGGGCUGGCUAUUGGAGCCUCCUUCCUGGUUGGACCAGCUGUUGGCAUGGUAACCACCAUCACCAUCCUCUUGCACGAGGUGCCCCAUGAGAUUGGAGACUUUGCCAUCCUCGUCCAGUCAGGAUGCACCAAGAGGAAGGCCAUGGGUCUUCAGCUCCUCACUGCCAUUGGUGCAUUAGCCGGUACCGCCUGCUCCCUAUUAGCCGAGGGGGUGGGCGCGGCUGCCACUGCGUGGAUCCUCCCCUUCACCGCGGGGGGCUUCAUUUAUAUCGCCACGGUAACAGUGCUUCCGGAACUGCUGGCUGGGCGCUCCAGUGCGGGCCAAUCGCUGAUGGAGAUCUUGGCUUUGCUGUUUGGAGUAGCAAUGAUGGUGCUGAUCGCAGAAUAUGAGUGAGGGGAGG